AUGGCCAGCAAAACCCCCAUCUUGACCGACAAGGCCCCCAAGCCUCUCCCCGGUAUUUACUCCCAGGCCAUCGUCGCCAAUGGCGUCGUCUACUGCUCUGGCUCAAUUGGCAUGGACCCUGUAACUGGAAGUUUGGUCGAAGGAGACAUUAAAGCUCGCACUCACCAAUGCAUCAAAAACUUGAGCCACGUUCUCGAAGCCGCCGGCUCGUCUAUUGAGAAAGUUGUCAAGGUCAAUGUCUUCAUUGACGACAUGGAUAAAUUCGCUGAGAUGAACUCCGUUUACACACAAUAUUGGGGUGACAUUAAGCCUUGCCGGACUUGCGUUGCUGUCAAAACUCUGCCCCGUAACACAGACGUCGAGAUUGAGUGCACUGCUGUCUUAUCUGAUGCUUCGGGGAGCUCCGGAGAAAAGUUCGGCAAAGUCAAAUCCUCGCUUUGA